AUGAAUCAUAAAACCUACUUUGUUAGACUUCAGAGAUUUCGACAAAGAGGUAGAGAAGGCAGAAGCAGUCUCGGAAGGUUCUAUAACUUCUUGUCGGCGACAAGGUCCUCACCACACUCCCCUCCGCCGCGCCGCUCCUCCUCCCCGCACUCCUCUCCCUCCGCCGUCUCCCUGGUUGAUCCCAACACUCUUCUUCACUACACCAACCUCCUCGACGCCAUGAUCGACGCUGCGUACUUCUCCAUGAAGAACCUCAAUGUCUCUGACAUCGUAGUUCUUGUCACGGAAACCGGCUGGCCUUCCAAAGGGGACUCCAAAGAACCCUAUGCCACAUUUUCCAACGCUGUCACAUUCAAUUCGCCACUUAUUAAGCAUGUUUUGGAUCGGAGUGGCACCCCUUUGCAUCCCGAAAUCACUUCUAGUGUUUAUAUAUAUGAGCUUUUUAACGAAGAUUUGAGGUCCCCGCCUCUGUUAGAGGCUUAUUGGGGUUUGUUUUAUGGGAAUGCUACGCCGGCUUAUUUGCUUCGUGUGUCUGGGGUUGGGGCUUUUCUGGCCAGUGAUAAUGCUAAUCAGACAUACUGUGUUGCUGGGGAUGGUGUUGAUUUGAAAGUUUUGCAGGCUGCGUUGGAUUGGGCGUGUGGACCAGGGAGACGGCGGAGAUUGGCGUGGAGGGAGAGGAGUGCGGGGAGGAGGAGCGGCGCGGCGGAGGGGAGUGUGAAGAAGUGCCAGGUUUACCACCUAGUCGAGAGAUCGAUUUCACAAUAG